CGGCAGAGCGUCGUUGUCCGGGGAGCGCCCCCCGCUUCUCUGCUGCCUCGCUCGGCCUUGGGAGGGGCACGAUGACUAUCAAACGCCUAGACCAGGGGCAGCAUUACAGGCCGAGAAUGGCAGUCCUCAAAAAGAUCGAAGGCCUCCUCAUGGAGAUGCAGAAUCCCGACACGGGCAUCAAAACGCACAUGCAGAGGGUGAUGAUCACGAACAUCCCCCAUGCCGUGGCAGGUGGUGAUAUACUGCAGUGGAUUAUCCAGCAUCUGCAAAUCACCGAGGAAGAGGCACUUCGCUUGGGGACUAUGAUUGUCAAGUUUGGAUACAUCUACCCUCUGCAGGAACCAAAGAAUCUCACCCUUAAAACAGACAACAAUCUCUACAGGUUUCAGACCCCCUAUUUCUGGCCUGCGCAGAAGUGGCCGGCAGAUGAUACCGACUACGCAAUCUACCUUGCAAAGAAAAAUAUUAAGAGGAAAGGGGAUUUGGAAGAAUAUGAAAAGGAACACUACAACUUGCUAAAUAAAAAAAUAAACUACAAAUGGGAUUUUAUUAUUAUGCAGGCCAAAGAACAGUAUAAGGCGGGAAAGGAGCGGAAGAAGGCAGACAGAUAUGCCCUGGACUGUCAGGAGAGGGCGUAUUGGUUUGUGCAUCGAACACCUCCAGGCAUGCAGGACGCCCUAGAGUAUGGAUUGGACCGAGUAACAGAUCCUAAUGAACAUAAGAAAAAAACCUUUGAUGUUUACAGGCGGGAGAUCAUGUACUAUAGGCAGGCCCUCAUGAAGUCCACAGUGAAAUCUUCUGUCUCCCUGGGAGGGCUUGUGAAAUAUGCCCAGCAGUUGCUGACCAACGAUCCCUUCCUGGCAGUCUGCCUCCCCAGCAACCCCUGGAUAACGGAUGACCCCACGUUCUGGGAGCUCAAUGCAAAACUCGUGGAAAUCCCCACCAGGAUGCGUGUGGAGCGAUGGGCCAUUAAUUUCAGUGAGCUGAUAAGGGACCCAAAAGGCCGGCAAAACUUCCAGCUGUUCCUAAAGAAAGAAUUCAGUGGAGAGAAUCUGAGUUUCUGGGAAGCCUGUGAGGAUCUGAAGUACGGAGACCAGUCCAAGGUCAAAGAAAAAGCAGAAGAGAUCUACAAACUCUUCCUGGCUCCAGGAGCGAGGCGCUGGAUUAACAUUGAUGGCACGACCAUGGGCAUCACGGUCAAAGGUCUCAAGCACCCUCAUCGCUAUGUGUUGGAUGCAGCUCAGACUCAUAUUUAUAUGCUGAUGAAAAAGGACUCUUAUGGUCGCUAUUUAAAGUCUCCGACCUACAAGGAGAUGUUGGACAAGGCCAUUGUGCCACAGCAGACAGUCAGAAAAAGCUCCAAUUUCUCAUUCACGCGCCGUCAGCUCCGCUCCAGCCCCAGCCCUGUCAUCCUGAGGCAGCUGGAGGAAGAGGCCAAAGCCCGAGAAGCAGCCACCGCUGUGGACAUCACCCAGUUGUGUCAGUUCACAGCUCCAGUCCCUCACCUGGCUGUGUACACCGGUACCUGUGCUCCUCCAUCACCAUCAAAUCCAUCCUCCUCCUGCCUCCUCCCAACUAACCUUCCUCUCCAAUCCCCAGGGCACGUUGCUCUGCCAAACAGCACCAUCUGCCCCUCACCCAUUAGCGUAGCUCUAGAAAGUGCCCCCGGCUUGGAAACCAAGUGGGAACCCAACAGGUGCAACUCGAGCCACUUCCCUUCCAUCACGGAGAGCACUGAGAUCUCCACAGACUCUGAAUCGGGCCCUUGCAACAGCCAGGUGCCUGGGCAUGUGGACACCAAGGUGCCUCCCAAAUCCCGGAUGAGCUUGUCCUUCAGCAGGUUCUUGAAACGGGGAUGUUUGAACUCGCCAGUGUUUGCGACUCUCUCACCAAAGUGCCCGGCAGUGCCUCACGGGAAGGUCCAGCCCCUGGAUGACCUGGAACAGCAACUGCAGCAGACCUCCAAGAGAGUGGCCAACUUCUUCCAGAUAAAAACGGAUGUUCCUUUGGAGAGCAGAAUCUAUCCAAUAGACUCUGAGGAGGAAGAGGAGGACUGCCACCGAGUUAGCAAGGACUCCGCAAAGGAGGUUAUCUGCCCUUGGGAGACCCUUACAGAAGAAGGAAAGGCUGGAUAACAAGCAGCCCUUGAGGCAGCCAAGAUGUGACCUACUUAUAAAUGGAUGUUUUUUUCCAGACCUUGACUCUGCAAGGUUCACCACAUACGGUUCAAUACAAGAACCAUGCUGUUCAAGAAGUGCAUUAAAGAUAUUCUUCAGCAUCAAGGAAGCUGAAACCACACCAGUUAUGAAUAAUGGACCCAUUACCCUGUAUGUAACUCAAGAAUUGUGUGCAUCUCUAGACCUAUAUUCCUUCAUAUCCUUGGAAAUUUAGACCCACCUCUCACUGGCAUCUUGACAAAUUAACCUUAUUUAUUACCUUUUAGGGGAUGCAAAUACAUCCUAAGAGAUGGUCUAUCAUGCAUAGUUAGUUGUCUUGUCCUGAGGUGAUGUUGCAUUUCAUACAACACAGCUGGAACGUGGACCUCUUGCAGGCAUCUCAGAGACUGGCAUUCAGACUUCAAACACCUCCAAAGUCUGGGUGUCUUUGGAUCCAGGGUUUGGGCUAGGGCCCAUCUCAGGUUCUUAUUAGUAAUUAUCCAUUUUAGGUCCAUUUAAACUGGAGACAGGCGAUGGCUAGGAGAGAUGUGCCCAUGCAGAUGUUUGAAACUCACACCAGUAAGGUCUAUGGUGGCAUAACCCGAUAGCUGACAACAACCACAACUUCCACAGAAAACAAACCACAACGGGAUUAGCUAAGGCGGCACUGCACAGCUGUCAGGAAGGGUCUGGAAACCCUGGAUCCAACCAUCCCCUAACCAUUUUGGAAGAUCAAAUUUCCUGGCUUUGGCCCAUUCACAGUUGAAAUGGAUAUACUGACCUAAACUGUAUCCCUAUCAGGAAUGUCCUGAGUGUCACUUUCCAGGUAUUCAUAGGUUGUUCAGGGCCUUGCAGACCAUCAGGUCCAGCCCCCAAGUAUGGUGUCACUGCAUUGACAAUAUGAUUCCCUCUUUGUUUGCUUCAAACAUGUUGAUUACACAGAGGGGCUGCCUACAUGUGGCUAACUUCAGGUGUUUUGUAAAUUGGCCACGUGGCCUGUGACUGUAGUUAUUUUACUGUUGUUUUUGUAUGUUCUAAAUGUAUGCGGAAAUGUGCCCGCCCUAAGUGGAAAUGGUUGA